AGCGCGAGCCUAACACAACGAGCCCUUGCUCACACACGCACACACGUUCGCACGAGAGGCACAAGAAAGCUUGUGUUAUUGUUAUUUGGUGCGAGUGUCCACAGUGGUACCCCGAAAACGGAGGGUUUGUUUUGUUUUAUAGCUCCAGUGAUUUGCUUCCCUUAGCCGCGAGAUAGUGGUGAUCGCUGGGAUUGUAUAUGUGUGUAUGUGUUUGUAAGGGCUCAUCUGAAUCAUCUCAAGCUCCUGUCAUGUCGUAAAGGAAACGCACGCAACAGUAACAUAGCGUGUCGGUUGGAGUGUGAUAUUACUGCGUUUCGUCCUGCAACGGUUUUUUUCAAGAACAAUGGCGUCUUGGUGUACGGUCGGUACGGUUGCAAGCGAAUGCUAAACUUCCCCAGAGUCGAACGGAUCAUCCAAGCACAGCAGGUGGCAGUAUGCCGGUCAUCGACGCACCGGUCGGUACGGUUUCAUCAUCGGCACAGUAAAACAGCAUCUUCGAUCAACCUUUUUGGAGCACAGCAUUCAACCAAACCACAACAAGAGUCUGUGACAUACAGAGAACGGGAAAGAAAGAGAGAGAGAGAGAGAGAGUGAAUGAGAGUGAGAGAGAGAGAGCGAGAGCGAGAAAGAGGCGAUCGAUAAGGAAAGUUAUAAAGAGACCGGACAGUAACGGAAUGGAUCAACGUUUGGGUCAAUUUUCUGGCGUAAAGUGGAGUAAACUGCGCAUGGCGCUGGCCGUUCUGGCCCUAGCAAUCGGUACGACCGGCGCAUAUCGAGUCGGUGUAGGCCGCGCGGACUGCACUGGGCCGUCGGUGGAAAUAACGUUUAUGGGUUACGCGCAGGUGACGCAGCGCGGAACCGGCAUCCAUCUGCGCCAGUACGCGCGCUCGUACGUCAUCGAGGACGAGAACGGCACGCGGGUGGUGUUCGUCAGCGUCGACGCGGGCAUGAUGGGGCACGCGGUCAAGCGGGACGUUCUGGCCGUGCUGCAGAAGAAGUACGGCGAGCUGUACACGCACGCGAACGUCGUCAUCAGCGGCACGCACACCCACUCGACGCCGGGCGGCUUCCUGAUGUACCUACUGUACGAUCUGACCUCGCUCGGCUUCGUGCCGGAGACGUUCAACGCGCUCGUGCACGGCAUCGCGCAGAGCGUCAUCCGCGCCCACAACAAUCUGGUCGAGGCGCGGCUGUACGUCGCCGAGACGGAGGUGCUCGAGGCAAACAUUAACCGCAGCCCGAGCGCGUACGAGAACAACCCGGAGGAGGAGCGGGCCCAGUACCGCCACAACGUGGACAAGACGCUGGUGCAGCUGCAGUUCGUGCACGCGCGGACCGGCGCACCGUUCGGCGCGAUCAACUGGUUCGCCGUCCAUCCGACCUCGAUGAACAACACGAACCGGUUGGUGUCGAGCGACAACGUCGGGCUGGCAGCGAUCCUGCUCGAGCAGGAGCGCAACCCGGACGCGCUCGUCGGCAAGGGCGACUUUGUCGGUGCGUUCGCGUCAAGCAACCUCGGCGACGUGUCGCCCAACAUUAAUGGACCGAAGUGCGAGAAGACGGGCCUGCCGUGCGAUGUGCUCACGUCGUCCUGCCCGUCCGGCGCCGGGGCCUGCUUUGCAUCCGGCCCGGGGCGCGACAUGUUCGAAAGCACGGAGAUCAUUGCCGACCGGCUGUACCGGGCGGCCGCCGGCCUGCUCAGCACGCGCACGACGAAAGCGCGCGAAGUGACCGGCCCGGUUGCGUUCGUGCACCAGUACGUGGACAUGACCACGGCCGAAACGGUACACUUCGAUCGGGCAACGCAAAAACCGGUGCGGGUGCGCGGCUGCCUGCCCGCGAUGGGGUACAGCUUUGCUGCCGGCACCACCGAUGGGCCCGGCGCGUUCGACUUUCAGCAGGGCACCAUCACGGACAACGUGCUGUGGAAUGCGGUGCGCGACUUCAUCGCGGAACCGACGCAGGACGACAAGGACUGCCAGGCGCCGAAGCCAAUCCUGCUGGCGACGGGCCGGGCCCGCUUCCCGUACGACUGGCAGCCGAAGGUGGUGCCGACCCAGCUGCUGGUGGUGGGCGACUUCGCGAUGGCGGCCGUGCCGGGCGAAUUUACCACGAUGGCGGGCCGGCGGCUGCGGUCUGCUGUGGCUCGCGCCUCGGUGGCGGCGGGCGGUCGCGACCUGCAGGUCGUCGUCGCCGGGCUGUCCAACAUGUACAGCAGCUACAUUACCACGCCGGAGGAGUACGAAAUCCAGCGGUACGAGGGUGCGUCCACGCUGUACGGACCGCACACGCUCACGCUCUACCUGGAGCAGUACAAGCGGCUGGCGGGGGCGCUGGUGCGCAACGAAACGGUACCGGCCGGCCCGACGCCACCGUACGAGGACGACAAGCAGAUAUCGCUCACGACCGGCGUCAUCUUCGACUCGCACCCGCUCGGGAAGGAGUUCGGCGACGUGAAGGUACAUCCGGAGGCAGCAUACGAGCGGGGUGCCACCGUCAGUGCCGUGUUUAUUGCGGGCAAUCCGCGCAACAACCUGAUGCACGACAAAAGCUUCUUCACGGUCGAGCAGCAGCAGCCGGACGGCAACUGGAGUGUGGUCGCUACCGACGCCAACUGGGAAACAAGGUUCCGCUGGGAGCGCACCUCGACCAUAUUAGGCUUCAGUGACAUCGAGUUCAGCUGGACGAUAGGACCCAACACACUGGACGGGCUGUACCGCAUCCGACACUUUGGCUACUACCGCUACAUACUGGGCGGUGUCUACCCGUACGUGGGCGCAACCAACGCCUUCAGCGUCAAGUGAUGGGCGAGCGCAUCGGUCACUCCCUCCUCAUUCGACGCCAUAGCAGUUAAGGAGUGGAGUAAUUGUGAAAAGAUAGAUGAAUGUUCAGGCGAGAAAUCAAUAGGUUGGUGGACCCAAUGAAUGUAUCUAUGUGUGUGUGUAUGAGUGGGAGUGCGUCUGGGAGAGCAACAAGAUGGUAACAAACAAAAGGAGGAAGGAAAAACAAAACAACAAAACAUUCCACACCUAUUUUGCAAACCAAAUAGACUAGUCACUGGAUCAUUAUGGCGCUUAGCUAGAAGGAUGAUGAUUCGAUUUUGAAUUUUUAGAUUAAAAAUAAAUAAACAAAUGAAAAAAAAUCAAA